GUACAUGCACUUGACUUUGAGACAGUACAAACACAAAAACCACACGACUCCACCAACUCUGAAGUGAACACAUUUGUGUCACAACUCCUUCUUCAUUCAUUACUUUUCUGUUGUAAACUGAGUGAACUAAACCCAAUUCCUAACAUGGCGCAAGUGAGAAACAAGCAAGUGAUUUUGAGAGACUAUGUGUCUGGUUUUCCUAAGGAAUCAGACAUGAAUGUUGUUGAUAGUACAAUUAUUCUCAACCUUCCACAAGGUUCCAAUGAUGUUGUUCUGCUCAAAAAUCUCUACUUAUCCUGUGAUCCUUACCUGAGAAUUUUCAUGGCCAAGGACACUAUUGCAGGACUUGGUGGUCUCACCCCUGGUUCUCCAUUGACAGGAUUAGGAGUGUCUAAAGUUGUAGAAUCUGGACAUCCAGAUUAUAAGAAAGAUGAUUUAGUUUGGGGAAUGACUAAAUGGGAAGAGUAUAGUUUGGUCCCUGCAGCUCAAAUACUUUUCAAAAUUGAGCAUACAGAUGUCCCACUUUCCUACUAUACUGGAAUUCUCGGUAUGCCUGGAAUGACUGCUUAUGCUGGUUUCUUUGAAGUAGGCUCUCCUAAGAAAGGAGAGAAUGUUUUUGUUUCAGCUGCCUCUGGUGCAGUUGGUCAACUUGUUGGCCAAUUCGCUAAAUUGCAUGGUUGCUAUGUCGUUGGAAGUGCUGGAAGUAAAGAGAAGGUGGAUUUGUUGAAAAAUAAAUUUGGAUAUGAUGAAGCCUUUAACUACAAAGAAGAACCAGACCUCAAUGCAGCUUUGAAAAGAUACUUUCCAGAAGGCAUUGACAUUUACUUUGAGAAUGUGGGGGGAAAGACACUUGAUGCUGUACUCUUGAAUAUGAAACUCCAUGGGCGGAUACCUGUGUGUGGAAUGAUCUCACAGUACAAUCUUACUCAACCUGAAGGUGUCACAAAUUUGGCACAUAUCAUAUAUAAGCGGAUCCGGAUGGAAGGUUUUGCUGUAUUUGAAUACUAUCAUCUUUAUACAAAAUUCUUGGAGUUUAUGCUGCCUCUUAUAAGAGAAGGAAAGGUUGUGUAUGUGGAAGACAUAGCUGAGGGUCUUGAGAAUGGCCCUGCAGCUUUGGUUGGUCUGUUUAGUGGUCAAAAUGUUGGUAAACAAGUGGUUGUUGUUGCUCAUGAGUGAAAGAAUGAACGCAGAUUCUUUGGUUAAAUAUUUGUGCUUUUUUUUUCUUCUUUCUUUCUUUCAAGUUUGUGUUUAGUUACUUGUGCAUGGAGCACCCUUUGGAGGACCUUUGCGAGCCUCUUCAUCCACUCUGUUGAUUGUAAUAUCUUCUUAAUUAACAUUUUAUGAUAGACUUAAAUAUAGUUUUGAUCCUUUCACUA